AUGACCGUGAAUGAGUGGCUCUGGAGUGGGAGGUCUUCAGGACAGCAGGACAGGGGGCUUGGUGUUUGUCGAGUGCAGAGAAAAGAACAAACUCUCGCCACUCUCUUCACUCCUAAGGCCAUGGGUGAAAGCAGCGAGUUAAGAUGCAACUACGGCCUGUCUGUGUUAGUUUUAUUGAUGGUAGCUAUAGCUCAGUAUGGAGAAUGCUUUCAAACCCUGAUCAAGACUCAUCGGCCAUUAGAUAGCACAGUAGCGGCGCAAGACCAAAUCAUCAAAAUAUUGACUUUAUUCAAAAAUCUUCGAAGGAGACAUAAACAAAGUCAAGGAGUUUUAUUGGACUACUCAAGAGGUUUUCAAAAUCGUUUUGGAUCACUAGAAACAGGGGACUCUUUGGAGGAGUUCGAAACUUUGCUAAGUGACGGAUCUUUAUUGGUGACCCAUUUGUUGAUUGGUGAUAAGGGCUUGUUGCUGAGAUCUCGUCGGUCCUCUGCGCGCUGGAGAGAUCGACGACGGAAACUUCGUCCAUGGGCCAGGUAUGCUCUUGCCCGCAAGUACAGGUGGAGAGGACGACGCCGGAGAGGCACCGCUAACAAGCAGAAGGUGUUCAUAUUCGGUCAAGACAACAGGACGCCAGUUUUCCCUUUCCAGACGCGUAAGUUUCCUUUUUCAAAUGUUGUUCGUUUAUCCACUGGCUGCACAGGGACGUUGGUAACACCGUCCUUUAUUCUAACAGCAGCUCAUUGUGUUCAUGAUGGACAGACUUUCAGGACAAACAUAGAAAUGUUAAAGGUUGAGAUUCCAGAAGCUGUUGGUUAUAAAAUUUACUACGUUGACAGGAUCAGCAUUCCUCUAGGGUGGCUCAAGUCCAAGAGCCCAAGCGAGAGUCUCCGCGCUGGAUUUGAUUUUGCCGUUGUAAAGCUAAACAUUCCUGUGUCGGGACGCCAAGAGUUUAUGAAAUUCUAUAUUCCCAACCCGAAUUCUCUUGAUUCGGACAUCCAUUUUAUUGGGUUCCCUUCUUACCGGUCCACGGGAAUGUGGACGUCUCGGUGUCAGACCACCAUGGACAUGUUGGCAAUGGACGGGAAUUUGUUACUGAGCAACUGUGAUUCCGUGGCGGGAAAUUCGGGGGCCGCCGUUUUCACGGACGGGCGAUAUGGAAGAAGGAUCAUUGGCAUUUUAUCUAACACAGCCUCAGCGAACACUGGUACGUCUAAUAUUGUCAGUCGUUAUAGCAUUAUAACCACUUUCACUUGGUCGAAACUUUUGGAAAUCUGCACUAUGAUUGGGACCGAAGGAACGGAAUACGGAGUUUGCCCGCCGUUCCCGAACACCAUCGAGUGGACAUAUGAUCUGGAUGACCGUGAACAAAAUGCACUCUUUUAA